AGCAAUAUAAAACCACCAGUCGAGUCGGUUGCGAACCACAGUCAUCAAUUGGCUCUGGCUUUCGCCUGAUUUUAGGUUUCUUGUGCUCCUAGAUUGUCGAGCCGAAGUCUGUGCCGGGUUCAUUCUGACUCUUAGCUUCUCCCACUUUGCGGUUUUUUUUCUCCGAGGGAUUGUCUAUUUUUUUUUUUUUUCACACUCCCGACCGACCGACCGACCCAGACACAACAUCUUUGCAUACAUAGUACUCAACCCCUCCUCUGCCCCAGCUCACAGCAAUCUUGCCAUGAUCUCGUCGCUCCUACCGUCGCAAAUCCUCGAGCCCUUCUGUGAGGGUCGCUAGUAUCCCUAUACAGGGACCGUCUAGUCCCCCAGGCCACCUGUUCCGACCCUCUUCAGCAGCGCGGCUGCCUGGAUUACGUCCGAUACAAGCUUUAGAAAAGUUCCGACGGACUAUCCGCCGGUGGCCUGGUGGCUUAGUCUAGCAUCAUACUACAAAACAAUAUAUACUGGCGCAAUGUCCUCCCCGUCAAUGGCCCAGGAAGUCCGCACAUCAGCGCCACCCCCUCUACCGGCGCUCAGGGUGGCCCACCGUCCUGCUGCUACAGAAGCAGCGGAGGACGUACUUUACGGAUCGAUUGCAGGCAUCGUUGGAAAGUACAUAGAAUACCCCUUCGAUACAGUAAAGGUCCGAUUACAGUCCCAGCCAGAUGGCGUGCCGCUUAGGUACAAUGGUCCGCUAGACUGCUUCCGACAGUCCAUCCGCGCCGAUGGGUUUCUUGGACUGUACCGCGGCAUCACGGCGCCUUUGGUUGGGGCAGCAGUGGAGACAAGCAGUCUGUUCUUCUUUGAAAGACUAGCACGUGAGCUUGUCUUCAUGUCCGGAUAUUGUCAACGCGGCGAACUGCUGCCCUUGCCUGCUCUAUGGGCAACCGGAGCCAUGUCUGGUGCCUUCACCUCUUUCCUGCUCACCCCUAUCGAGCUAGUCAAGUGCAAAAUACAAGUCCCUGAUGUAGGGGCCCAAAACGCGCCUCUCAAGCCCCUCGCCGUGAUACGGGAUGUGUUCCGCCACCAGGGGCUCGCCGGAUUUUGGCGUGGACAGACGGGCACUCUAAUUCGAGAGGCGGGAGGCUCGGCUGCCUGGUUCGGUAGCAAGGAGACAACGAGCAAGUUGAUGCGCGACCACAACAUGCGCAAAGCUGCGAGUGAUGCCGAACGGGAAGCUCUCCGCACUGGGCCGCUGCCCCUGUGGCAGCAGGCUUUGGCUGGCGCUUCGGCGGGCAUGUCAUACAAUUUCUUGUUCUUCCCGGCGGACACGAUUAAAUCACGGAUGCAGACCGCCCCAUUUGGCCAGUCGACGGUUAACCACACUUUUUGGAAGGAGACAGUGUCACUUUGGAACCAGGCCGGCCUGAAAGGCUUCUACAGAGGCUGCGGCAUUACCGUUGCCCGCUCUGCGCCCAGCUCGGCGUUUAUUUUUAUGGUAUAUGACGGCAUGAAGACAUACAUACCGCUUGCUUGAGUUCUGCAAGUACAGCUUCCAGAUCACUGUUUUGUACAGCCACAUUUCAGGGUAGGGGGUAGCCAGAUGGG